CUUGGGUUUGAAGGAGGCGUUUUUGAAAGCAACAUCCACAUAUCAAUCGCCUACUUUGAUUAUUUUGGGCGCUAAUGGCAUACACCAUAGGCAUAAGGUUGCUUAUCACUAAAUACCCCCACCCCACCACCAUGGAGGCUCUAUCCCAAUUACAUUACAUUACAUGUACGGUCAGGAUGCAAUCUCCUUGGUUAUUUAAUCUCAGAGUAAAGUUGAGUGGUUAAGAUUUGGGUGCUAUAAAUAUUAGUAGAAUACACCCAAAAUCUCCAUGAGUUGGUGGGAGAGAAGAAAAGAACAAAAAAUGGUUGAGGGACAGGAAAUCAGAAAGGGUCCAUGGACAGAGCAAGAAGACAUCCAACUGAUAUGCUUUGUGGGCUUGUUUGGCGAUCGAAGAUGGGAUUUCAUUGCUAAAGUUUCAGGACUAAACAGAACAGGAAAAAGUUGCAGGCUGAGAUGGGUUAAUUACCUUCAUCCUGGUCUCAAGAGAGGCAAGAUGACUGCUCAAGAAGAACGACUCGUGCUUGAACUUCACAACAAAUGGGGAAACAGAUGGUCUAAAAUUGCUCGGAAAUUGCCUGGCCGCACGGAUAACGAAAUCAAGAACUACUGGAGAACCCACAUGAGGAAGAAGGCACAGGAGAAAAGAAGGGCUUUGUCUUCAUCUUCCUCCUCCUCGUCCUCUUAUUCAUCCAACAACCCAGCUGUGGAAUUUCCUGCAGACACUGGACCAGUGAAGUUUUUCGACUCAGGGGGGUCUGAAAUCUCAGCUUCAUCACCAUCAACAAAGAAGAAGAUGGUGGAGAAUCAAGAACUGGGUGAUCCAAAUGGAUUCUCCAUGGAUGAUAUAUGGAAAGAUAUUGAUCUAUCGGAUCAUGAGAGCUUGACUAUGAAUCAAGAUGUGUACAGUGAAGAAGACUGCAACAACUUUUCUUGCCCUGCCCUGACUUCUCCUACUCCUUGGGACUAUUAUUGUGGGGAUUCUAUGUGGAGGAUGGAGGAGGAGGAAGAGAGUAAGCUAAUUUUCUCUGGGUAUGAUCAUAACGGGAGGCCACGCCUUGCUCAGCCUAAUCAGAUUUUUUUCUAUUGAAUUUUGUGUAUACGUAGUGGUUAAUCAAUAUCCAAGAAGCGUGUCUCUUCUCUUGUUCAAGUUUUCUGAUGAUUUAGUUCACUAAUGGAUUGUAAGUAGUAUCUUUAGCUGUGUUUUUCCGGAAAAGUUUGUUCGGACAACCAAAAUAGAAUGAAAACUAAUGGAUGUAUAACCAUUUCCACUUG